AGAAAGAACAGAAGAGAGCUGUCAAGCUGCGAGGGAGCAGCGGAGAGACGUCUUAGUUUUUUUUCCUGGAAUACAUUUCCCCGUCCAUCUCUGAAGCCCACACACACACACACACACACAUACUCACACACUCUCUUGUAGACACACAGACACAAAGAUAUGAAACACACAAACACACAGACGGUAAAGUGUGUGUGAGUGCUUCUGUUACUCUCUUACAAGGAGCGCUGAAUUAUUUUCAGGACCUGGACUCUUUGGAGCCUGACUCACUUGGACUGUAUGAGUGUAUUCAGCAUCUUUGUGACUCGGACUUGAACUCAAACUGGAUUCAAAGAGUGCAACACUUUGGACUUGUAUCAGCACAUCACCUGAAUGAAUCACUGAGAUUUUGACAGAAGCUGUAUUGACUCUUGUGAGUUGCGGAGAAUUUAACUGACGCGGUGUCUGUGCUCAUGAGGAGGAUGUAUUGGCCGGUGACAGCGGUCCUGCUGGCCCACCUCGGGGCCACCUUAACAGGGGCGUGGAGAGCAUCACAACCAAGACUGCAGUUCACACACGCCGAGUUGGUCCAUAAUGGCCGCCUGCUGACGCUGCCCCUAGUGGCGGGAGACCUGCAUUCUCUGCUGCCUGACGAAGACCGGAGGCGUCUGUACGUGGCCAUGAAAGAUAACCUGCUGUCUACUAGUCUGGAUGACAUAACGCAGAACCCACGCAAGCUGUUCUGGCCGGCCAGUCCAGACCGUGUCCAAGAAUGUCUCAUGGCUGGGAAAGAUCCAGAGCUGGAGUGUGCAAACUUCCUGCGAGUCCUGCAGCCUUUCAACCAGACUCACCUGUACAUUUGUGGCACUGGAGCCUUCAACCCUCGCUGUGCUUUCAUACCCACUGGCAUCUUCCAACAGUCGGAGCACCAGACUCUCUCCUACAGCCAGACAGAGUGUGGGAAGGGGAAGUGUCCCUAUGACCCAAUCCAGAAAACAGCCUCAGCCGUUGUUGAUGGGGAGCUGUAUGCUGGAAUCACCUCAGACUUCAUGAGUCGAGACUCCGCCUUCUUCCGUAGUCUGGGAAAUCGUCACGUCAUCCGCACGGAGCAGUACGACUCCACCUGGCUGCAGGAUGCCCAGUUUGUGCGGGUAGCGCCGCUGUCUGAAACUGAUAACCCAGAAGACGAUAAGGUCUACGUGUUCUUCACUGAGCGCGCUCAGGAGGCAGAGGGGGCCGCUGGGAAGGUGCUCUACUCCAGAGUUGCUCGAGUGUGCAAGAACGACAUCGGAGGCCAGAGGAGUUUAGUGAAUAAGUGGAGCACCUUCCAGAAGGCUCGUAUGGUGUGCUCUGUUCCAGGACCAGACGGCCUACAGACACACUUUGAUCAGCUGCAGGACAUCUUUAUCCUCCAUGGGAAAGACAAGAAGAACCCUCUCAUCUACGGCCUAUUUACCACUUCAAGUGAUAUCCUGAACGGUUCAGCAGUGUGCGUUUACCGAAUGGAGGAUGUGGUGCGAGCUUUUAAGGGCAACUUCCUGCAUAAGGAGGGACCUCAGUAUAAGUGGGCAGAGUUUACAGGCAAAAUACCCUACCCCCGACCUGGAACUUGUCCCAGCAGUACAUACGGAAGUUACAGCUCGACCAGAGAGUAUCCUGACGACGUCAUCUUCUUCAGCAGGACUCAUCCACUGCUGCAGGAAAAUGUGUUGCCGCUUGGAGAACGCCCCCUCCUAGUGAGAGUGGGUGUUCACUAUAAGUUCAGCAAACUGCUGGUUGACAGGGUGGAAGCUGUGGACGGCACCUACGAUGUCUUGUUCAUCGGCACAGACUCAGGUCUGGUGCUGAAGGCCAUCCAUCUGCCCAGAGAACAAGGCCAGGGUCAGGAGGUCACUCUGGAACAACUGCAGGUCUUUCAGCACAAAUCACCUGUGACAGCCAUGACACUCUCAAAGAAAAAGCAGUGGUUGUUUGUGGGCUCCAGUGAGGGCGUGUCCCAGCUGGCGCUGUACCAGUGCGAGCUGUACGGUCAGGCGUGCGCCGAGUGCUGCCUGGCCAGAGACCCCUACUGCACCUGGGACGGACACGCCUGCAGCCCCUUCAUGCCUACAGUGCGCAGGAGGAAUGCUCGUCACUUAGGGGAGGAUGAAGAUCCAUUAACUCAGUGCGUCAGACAGGGAGCUGGGCUGCAGGUGGAGGCGGAGCAGAGGGUGAUGAUGGUCGUCGAGGGCAACAGCACCUACCUGGAGUGUCUGCCCCGAUCCAGACAUGCUGCUGUGACCUGGUACAAACAGGCAGGAGAGAACAGUCCAGAACUUAACCAGGUGGUAACAGGUGACCAGCUGGUGGUGAUCGAGCGUGGCGUCCUGAUUCGUCAGGCUGAGCUGUCUCACAGCGGCGUCUACCACUGCCAGGUGGAGGAGCACGGCUAUCACUGGACCGCCGUCACUGUGCGCCUCGCCGUCUGGAGCCCCUCAGCUAACAGCCUCCUCGCCUCCUGGUCCAGCCCGUCCUAUCAGAGCGCAGGAAUCCAGCCCUGGUACGAGGACGUGAUGGCGCUGGUUCACCCAGGAAACAUCGGCCAGCACUGCCGGGCGCUGGGAUACCGCCCUCCUCGCAACCACCGCCGCCACAGUGACAUCACGGUGAAGCCUAACAAGGAGAAAGAGAGGGGGGAGAGGCACAAGCACGGGGGAGGAAGAGCAGGAGGGGGAGGGGGGAGGGGAGGAAGAGCAGCAGGGAGGAAGAGCAGGAGCAAACCACAGCUGAGGGCACCAAGGAGCGCUUGAAUGUGUUGCAGAAUAGAAGUGCAGAUUUCCAUUGACUUCUAGACACAUACUUACAACACACACACACACACACACACACACACACACACACACACACACACACACACACACACACUCAUAUAACAUAAAACUUGUGUUAGCAUACACACUAAGACACACACUUAACUUAAACACUGAGAUAAGCAUACUGUAUGUACAGAGACUACGACAUGCGCAUGCACUUACCUACAAAACAAAAAAAAAGCAUCCUUUCAAUACAAUGACAAACUUUCAAACUAAGCUACACAAACAUUUGAAGUAUGUACAGGAGGGUGUGAACAGCAAGGACUGUAACAUGUGGACAAAAGACUCGUGGAGAAAAAAGUGGAAUACUUAAAGGUUGCUCAGCAUGCUGAAUGAAGGAUGAACAGCAUGUACGGAUCAAUGACUGAAAGGAAAAAAGUGUGAUUCCACAAUCAGCAUCUAAAAAAAGAUCAUCCGGCUCUUCCCUAAUGAGUCCUGCUUUAAAGGGGCCAUACUGAUGACUGUGCAUGUUCUUGCCCAAAUUACACACACACACACACACACACACACACACACACACACACACUGUUGAUUGUUCCUCAAAGCAGAACAGAUGUUUUUAGAUUGACGUCCUACGUUCCAGCCAUAAGCUGACUGCAGUCCUAAACAGCAUUUUCCAGAAGGUACAGUGUGUUGCAUUUGCAUUUUAAGGACACUCAAUCCACUGGCCUGUAUCACACUUAAGCUUAACUGCUCACAGGCUUUUUAAUGACGAGCUAUUUUGUCUUGAAAUAAAAACCAAACAAGCAAACAGAGAAAUCAUGAUGAAGAGAUUUCUCAGAUGUUAGAACAUCAGCAGAGACUGUUACAUAAACAGUUUGUGUAAUUAACGGCCAAACUUAACUAAAAUAGAAAGCCGUUUUAAUAUUCUGUGUGACGGAGAACCCAUCAAUCUAAAAGCUUCUUUUGGAAAACAAUCAGCAGUGAUGCUUGAUUAAAAAGCUUUUGACUAAGUAUUUGUGUCCUGCAGGUUGUGAAAAGCGUUUUAAAAAACACUGAUUGUGCAUCUUUUCCACCAAAAAAAAAAAUAUUUAGCAGCAGUCCAGUUACUGUACAGGGAGAGUUUUUGGGUUUCUUCAGAAAGGUGGGGUCUGACUAUGAGAUGGCAGACCACAACCGCAAAGAUAAAAGGCACAGAAAAAUCACAGCGACGGCUUUGAUGAGGUUACAGAUCUACUUUCCCCGGGAGGCUGCAGCCACAAAGGCCACACCGCAGGAGAUCUUUUCCAUGAUGUUUAUCCUCAAGUUCACAAUUCAAAGUUAUAUCUGGCUCUGAUUUUUAUGCCCCGCAAGAGAGCACUUAGUAUAGGUGUGUGGGAAAAAAACAAAACAUUCAAACCUGGUGUUCUAUAUCAUGCCAGAAAGAAAAAAAAGACCUAUCCUGUAUUGUGGGUUUUCUGUUAAGUUCAGGAUAUGUGAGGUGAACAGAGCAAACAAACUGCACAUGAACUUUGGUUGUUUUACACUUUUUCAGAUGUCUGGGGAAAAAACUGUUAAAGCUGCCUAUAUGGGGCACAAUCACACCUUUCAUUGGGAAAAAAAAGUAUAAAUUUCCUCAUGACAUUUAUGUUUUUUUUUUUUUAAUGGUUUUAAUAAUUUGAAACCUCAUAACCAGGUCAUGGUCAGAUAUUUUGGCAAAACAAAGAGGGUUAUUUAAUUGGUCAUAUUUAACAUAUUUUCCGUAUCCACUGUACAAGGAAACACUUUGGUCUUGACAGUAAACCCAGCUUACUAAAGUGUGUAAAAUAUCAAGAUGAAUAUUUAAGUUUCAGUUGUGUUUGAUACAAAACGUACUGAAAAUCACGUCCCACAGAGGACCAGCAUACGGGCUUAACCGCCUACAGACUCUGUACAGAACCUGCAUGUUUUUCAGCCUGUGGCUCAGGACCUAAAUGGGGCCCUAUGUGACUUUGAGUCGGGUUCCAGCCCAACUAAAGCAGAUUUAUAUAUUUCUGCUCCUGUACUUCCAGCUGGUAAUGACAUCUGGCUGUAAAUGACGACGGAGGCUCCAUGAAUAAUAAAGAAGCCUUUAUUAUGAAAAAGUUGGAACUUGAGGCAAUGCUAAACUGGACUGACGUCAACUGGACUCUGGACUCUUUGCAGUAACUUGUUCCAUCUUUAUUUAACGUUUCUUUUAUUUGUAUUUAUUUGGGUAUGUUGGAGUUAGUUGUUUUGUUUUUUGGGGGGAAAGGCUUCAAGCUCUUCAUCAUCUAGUUCAUUCAUAAUGACUCACAAAUGGAGCUCAUCUUUAAAAUAUCUAUUUUUCUGUCUGUUGUUGUUGGAAGCAUAUACUGUAUGUUCGUGUGCCCAUAAAGAUUCCCAAAUGUGCCCCUUCCCACUCUACCCUGCCUAUACGAUCAGAUUUAGUUUUAGUCAUUCUGAGGAUCUGGCCAAUCCCUUUCCCUCAAAAACAUCCCACAUCUGUUCUUAACAUAGUGAGAGUGUAGUGUACGGCUCGGACUCCACCGGGGAUGAAAAUAUAGAAACUUAUGUUAAAAAAACUUUGUAUGGAGUAGGAAAAAGAGAGACACACUAAUUGAAUUAAAACUUAACUCAAUUUUCUAUUGGUUACUGGAAGGAGAUGCAUUUACUUGCAUGGUUAAGUCCAAUAAUAACAGCCUCUCAUAUUUUCAUAUAUUUAAUUUCAUCCCACACAGAUGAUUCUUAGCACGCAAUCCUGCACACAUUCGAGUACAUGUAUCCCAUACUGGGUCCAUACUGGGUCCUGCAAAGGCUCCUAUUCAUUGCCAACGGCUGGUUGCAUGUAUUUCCAUCUGUACUGUGUUGUACAGUAUGCUUCUGUGUGAGAGGCGCUGAGAUGAAGGCUCAGAGGCCAUGCCAGUAAAUCUGCCAAACAGGGCACUCAGCAAUGGAUCAGACAGACUGUUGAUGCCGUUCGAAAAAUAAACCAGAACGACUCAGAGCAGAGGGAAAAUUAGCAUGGGCCUCACCCCUUGGCUUCUUAGCCAUGGCCACAUGAAAGAGCUAUCCAGUUCAGAGAGACGAGGAGAGUUUAUAGAGCUGUGUGUAAGUGUCAGGUACAGCCUCGUCUCAGAAUAAAAGGGCAUAUGGGUGAGCGUCAAGCUGGCAGAAUCUCAAUCAGACCAAGUUUUCACCUUUUCUCACACUUCUGUCAAAUGUUAGAUUGAGGGCACUUGAGGAAAACGUAGGAAUUGUGAGUAAAGUGUCUUGAGAUAACACUUGUUAUGAGUUGACGCUAUACAAAUAAAUUGAAUUGAAUUACAGGUGUGUUUAAAAGUGUUCACCUACCAGGAAACUCACUGCAUGAAACAUGAAGUUCAAACUUAAGAGAGUUAAAAGAUUUUCUAGGGAUGAACUGAUGCAUCGUUAUCAGACGAUAUCGGCUCUGUUGACAGACAUCGGCACAUUUGCAAAUAAUGUGCCAUGAGCCGAUGGUAGUAGUCAACGCUCAUUUGUUGUGCUUAAUCAAUUUAAUGCUUACAUCUAGUACAUCUAUCUACUGAUUCAGGGAGGAGUUGUUUUAUUUGGCAGAAGGAGUCACCUAUAUGCGGCUGAGACCAAUCAGUCAACGUUGCCCGGGCAGCUUCAGCUUGGUUAGUUUAAAACACAGGCUGUGGCAUGUCCUGCCAGCCAGAAUCCACACCCUCAAACACAUACAGUACAACUAAAUGUGAUGCUUGUUGUUGGUCAUAAAACCUUUCAUUCUGCUCCAGAGAAGACGCCAAGUUUGAUUUCACUUUGAGUCCACUCCCUGUUUAUUUUCUAUUUUAUCUCAGCUCAUGCACAAGUUGACAUCAACUCCAACGACCUUACUGUAAAAAAAAAAAAAAAUGCUCCACUUGGACUCCUACUUGUGUUUAUUUUGUGUAUAUGAAUGUGUAUAUUUGUGUGAGAUCCAAACACUGCACAAGUAGGAGGCAGAACUCCUAGGAGACAUUUUUAUUGAAAACCAUUUGAAACAUUUAAAAGAUGUGGUGCAGAGCUGCUCCUCGUGUAUUGUAACAGCCUCAUGUGUUUCACUCUCACUCUGCUCUGUUUACAUCUCAGCGCCAACAUACAGCUCCUGUGAUUUUUCCAGAAUAACUUCUUCGCAGACGGAAUGAAAAUGUGUCGAACUGAUUUCUUCUCAUGUGUGGAAACUUUGUCUUCUUUUUUGUAAAUAUGUAUAAAGGUUGGCCUUCAAACGA